CGGAAAUACAACUCAUUGAACCAACCCCCUUCAAUAUCUAGACGGGUUGAACACGAAUACCGGAAAAUGGACAUCUCACCAUCGUCCCACGCCUCUUCCAGCUCUUCGGUUGCUAUCAUCGGCGCCGGUCUGACAGGACUUGCCAUCGCCCUAUCUCUCGUACACCACCACUUCUACGACCCCUCGAAAAUCACCAUCUACGACCUCCGCCACCCGGACACUCCCGACCCGGCCAACUCGUCCGGCGUUGUCCUUACGCCCAACGGGCUGCGCGUUCUCGACUCACUGGGGGUCCUGCCCCGGAUCGCGUCGAGGUGCUGGCUCUCCGAGUAUCGCACCUACAAGAACGAACGCGACGAGACGACCCGGAAAACGCUGAUCACCAACGAGACCCUCUACGGGUAUAAGAACCACCGGCUAUGGCGGCGGAUCCUGGUCGAGACGAUGCUGGGAAUGGUAGAUGAGCGAGGCGUCAGGGUCUGUUGGGGGAAGAGAUUCGAAGGGGUGGUGAGUGAGGGUGAGGACGGCGUCAUGUUCAGAAUCGACGGACGGGUCGAGUCGGCUGGGAUGCUGAUCGGGGCGGACGGGAUUCACUCCUCGGUCAGGAAAUAUGUCAAUCCAGACGACCCCGGCCCCGAGUACACGGGCAUUGCGGGUGUCUUGAGUCAUAUUCCCUGGAAUUCCGUCAAGUGGCCGUACGAAGACUACGAGCGUGCAUGCACUAUCCAAGGAAAGCCUGGAGCCCUGGUUCUAAUGCCUGAGGACCGAGAGGGGAGUAUAGUCAUGGUCGCAAUGCAGGUCAGGAUGGAAGACCGCAGUCGCGAGAAGUGGGAGGCGCUGGGACAGGAUAAAGAGUUUCUGCGUGAUUUCUAUGCAAACACUCGAGACAAAUGGGAGAGCCCGACGGCAAAAGGAAUCGUCGACGCCGUUUGUCGGCAUAUCGAUACAACCUUUUUAUGGCCCUUCAUGCGAAUGGCACCGCUGAAGAAAUGGUUUUCAGAGAAGGCUGGCAGGGUCAUCAUCAUGGGCGACGCCAGCCACGCAUUGCCUCCGAGUAGCGGACAGGGCGUGAACCAGGCCUUGGAGGAUGUGCACGCUCUGACUAGGCUGCUGCUUCUGCUCAAGUCAAAGCCAAAUCUCGGGCCCAAAAAGGCGCUGGCGUUCUGGCAAUCCCUGCGACAGACACGUGUGGAUGCGGUCUUCGACUGGGCAACGAACAAGACCAAUAUCCAGCGAUUGCCUCUAGCGGAAAGAGAGAGGCUCGUGCGCGAGGGGAAAGUCGUAGAUGCCAGCAAUGUUGACAACUUUGACGACAUGCGGUGGCUGUAUCAGCCGGACACUGACACCGUUAUCGACGCAUGGGUGGCCCAACAGGCAUAACGGCUCAGGAGGGGGGAAUCUUCAGAUCAAUCAAAGAGGUCGGUGUCGUGCGGAUCUCCUCGGUUCAAAACGCCAACAACGAAAUCCUCAACCACUUCAACCAAAGCUCCGCUGUUGUCUUCGCCUCUUCGCCGAACAAACCAACUUUCCUUUGCCCGCUCUGCGUCGACUGAUCGCAACUUUGACAUGACAAGACCGGGUAGCCACGGGGAGACACCUCCGUCCAGCAAGUCCGCGAAUCAAUUUCAUGCCGUCCGUCUGUGACUAUAUCGACCUUUACGAUCUGAUACCAUGACGAGGUGUGUAUUGACUUCCCGCUCGUAAGACUGAGGAAGCGUUGAACACAUCAAGAGGUAGUUGUACCUAUGGCAACGAUGACGACACGAGAAGGUUAGAGGAAAGCUCGCAGGCAGUAAGAGAGAACAGGCCGGGAUAAAGUGACAUUGACUUUGCAAUUGUAGUUGUUCUUUGACCGUAGUCGCAAGGGUACGAAGGUUGCUUGUUAGGUGCAAGGUCUGCCACAUGACAGUAACGAGGCAUUUG